AUGGAGAAAAGAAAUAAAUCAAAUACAGAUCUCAAUGAAAAGAAUGGUGGUGAAAAGGAUUCAUAUAAAAUUGAAGAUAAUUCUUUAAAAAAAUUGUAUAGUAGGCAAACUUUUACUUUAUUUGUUUUUGAAAAAAGUGAAAUGAAAGAGAAAGAUAUAUUGACGAUUAUUACCAACAAUAGACAUAUAACAAAGAAAUAUGAUAAGCCUUAUUUGAUUAAUUCAGAUCAGCCUAUGAUGAAUACUAAAUACAGGAUUUCAAAAUACUUGACGAAUGUAUUUUGCGGGUUGCCUAUUGAUUUAAAUGCUAGAAAUAAGUAUUUUUAUAGAAUACGUCAAUUACUAUUGAAUAAACUUAUAGCGAUAGAAAAUAGAUUAAAGAAACAAGAAAAGAAUAGACAGACUACAACUUAUAUUAAAUUUAGUUAUGGUAAACGAACAUGGUAUUUGGGAUUCUAUAUUCUAUGUUCAUUUUGUAGUAAUGUCUGUGCUUAUGUAAUGUCAAACAAUAGAAAAGUAUGCCAAAAUUGUCAUUCAAAGGUGAUAGUAAUACCUACACCUCCCAUGCAAAAUACGUUUAAAAUUUAUUGUCAAAGUAAACAAAUAGUAAGUAAACACAUAGGCGUUACUUAUACAAAAAAGGUUUCAAUGGAUAGUGGCACAGGUAACUAUUUAGUUACAUAUUCGAAUUUGGCUAUUAACAAACAGUUCAAAACGAUGAAAGAACAAGAGAAGUAUAAAAAGAGGUUUACAAAUAGCCUCAAAAAUCAUAAGAAUAAAUGGAAUUACACUAAUAAUAGAUUUGAGUUAAAGCCAGUAGUUUCUAAACAUCGAUUGAAACGAAGAUGUGAUAUUCUUAAGAAAUAUUAUAUAUCAAACAAGGAAUUGAAGUUUUUGUUUGACCAAGUUACAAGUAAAUCAGGAUACAACAUGUUGAAAGAUGAUAUUUUUAUUAAUCAUUCCUUCAACAGUGAAUAUUUUCUUAUAUUAAGAAAGAAAAAAGAAGCUACUUUCGAACGAGAAGAUAUUGAGGUGGCUGAACAAAAAACGAGUGCUGGUAAGAAUUUUAUGGUAGAUAAUAUUACCACAAAUUUACAAGAGCUAGAAAUUAGAGAACAGAAAAAUAUGCUUACCUGGCAAGAAAUACUAAAUAAAUUUGUACCGAUUACAAAGCAUGAAUUUCAUAGGGGGUUAAAUAGUGUCAGAGACCUUGAUAAUUUAAAGAUAUUUCAUGAUGGAGUUAAAAAAAAAGAAGAGAUCAUAAAGUCUCUUACAGUUACGAUAGAUAAUUACGUAGAAACAAAUUAUCAAUAG